UCGCUGUCGUACGGUCAGUUUGUAAGCAGAGACAGGGAGAGAGGAGGAGGACGGGCAGCACUUAUCUACAGGCACGAUCGUCUCUGCAUCACUGACUGACCCGCCGCCCCUGAACACGGAUGUGCGAGCGUCGCGUCGUGCCACUGUCACAUCAUGUGUUGGCCAUCGUCUGUAACGACGAACGCGAUUUGAGACGCUGUUUCGCCGCAGCUGGGCCACAGAUAGACGGCUGAAGCGAGUAGCAGUGGCGUUAUCUCCUGGAGGCCCCAUUCCUACACACCAUAUACUGCAAUGACUGGCCGCUGCCUGCCUCGAUCAUCCAACUCCUAGUUCUGCUGCACCUGAUUGGACGACUGCCUGCCUGAGAGCUGAUGGUUGCUACAGUUGCCAUGACUUAGAGACACUCCUGAUACAGAGAUGGAGAAAAAGAAACUGUGUCCCCGCCUCCUGGACUACCUGGUGGUAGUUGGAGCAAGGCAACCCAGCAGUGAUAGCGUGGCACAAACACCUCAGCUGCUGAGGCGCUAUCCACUGGAGGACCACAAUGACUUCCCUCUGCCCCCUGACGUCGUCUUCUUCUGCCAGCCUGAGGGCUGCUUGAGCAUCCGCCAGCGCCGGGUCAGUCUUCGUGACGACACCUCUUUCGUCUUCACUCUUACCGACAAAGACUCAGGUAUUACUCGCUACGGAAUCUGCCUCAACUUUUACCGCUCUUUCCAGAAGGGCCACCACCGCCCACGAUCUGAAGGAAAAGGAGAAAAGGCUCCUCAUACAGAGGAGAAAUCGGACCCUUCCACAUUGACUCUUCCAGGGGAAUCUGCGCUGCCCCCUGCAGGAGAUGGGACUUUGCCACCAGGCGAGCCAGGCAGCAGUGGAAAGUCUCCACGAUCCAAACGCAGUGGUCGACUGACACCACAGAACCGGAACAGCACGUUAACCUCUCUGUGCAUUCUGAGCCACUACCCCUUCUUUUCUACAUUCAGAGAGUGUCUGUACAUCCUCAAGCGCAUGGUGGACUGCUGUAGCCAGCGGCUCAACCAGAGACCCGCUGCUGCCAAGUCCACACAGCGGGACACAAUGUGGCGUGUGUUCACAGGGGCUCUCUCCGUCGAGGAAAAGGAAAAGGGCAGUCAGGUGCUUCAGGACCUGAGGGAGAUCGAGUCAUGGGUGUAUCGGCUGCUGCGCUCCCCUGUGCCUGUUGCUGGUCAGCGACGUGUUGAUGUGGAAGUGCUCCCCCAUGACCUGCAGCCUGCCCUGACCUUUGCCCUUCCAGACCCUUCCCGCUUCAGCAUUGUAGACUUCCCCCUCCACCUGCCCCUGGAGCUGCUGGGAGUUGAUGCUUGUCUGCAGGUCCUGGCCUGCAUUCUGCUGGAGCACAAGGUGGUAUUGCAGUCUCGGGAUUAUAACGCUCUCUCAAUGAGCGUCAUGGCAUUUGUUGCAAUGAUUUACCCCCUUGAGUACAUGUUUCCUGUCAUUCCACUGUUGCCCACCUGCAUGGCCUCCGCAGAACAGCUCCUGCUAGCACCUACUCCAUAUGUCAUUGGUGUGCCUGCCAGUUUCUUCCUGUACAAGUCUGAUUUUAAGAUGCCUGAUGACGUUUGGUUAGUGGAUCUGGACUGCAAUAAGGUCAUUGCUCCAAGCAACGCAGAAUUUCUCCCUCCCCUUCCUGAACCUGAGGCCUCUGAGCUGAAGAAACAUUUAAAGCAGUGUCUGGUAAGAUUGACUGUGAUAACCCAAAAGCAGAUCUUCGCCUGUGAUUCCAAGGCUCUGGCUAGCAUGAGUCUAAACACACAGCCUAUUCUAAACCUGGAGAAGUUUCAGGAUGGACAAGAGAUGUCUUUAUUGCCCCCUGGUCGUGACAAAGCCUCCCCUUCCUCCACUGAGUUCAACCCACUCAUCUAUGGCAAUGAUGUGGACUCGGUUGAUGUUGCCACAAGGGUGGCGAUGGUGAGGUUCUUCAACUCUCCAAAUGUGCUGCAAGGGUUCCAGAUGCACACUCGCACUCUGCGGCUCUUCCCCCGUCCUGUGGUGGCAUUCCAGGCCACGUCUUUCCUGGCCUCUAGGCCGCGGCGGAAUGGAUUCACCGAAAAGCUCUCCCACACCCAGGCAGUGGAGUACUAUGGAGAGUGGGCUCUCAGCCCCACCAACCUGGCUUUCCAAAGGAUUCAUAACAAUGUGUAUGACCCCUCUCUAAUAGGCGAUAAGCCUAAGUGGUAUGCCCACCAGUUACAGCCAGUAUUCUACCGUGUGUACGAUGGGAACUCUCAUCUGGCAGAGGCGCUGAGUGGACCCCUGCAGGAUGAGACCAAUGAUUCAGACCCAACAGAUGACAGUGGCAGUGACAGUGAAGCAUACGAUGACUCCAGCUCUUCCUACUCGUCUCUUGGAGACUUUGUGAAUGAGAUGAUCAAAGGGGAAAUACAAGGGGACACACCAAAUGUUGACACCCUGACCCAUGCUGCGCUGGAAGACGUGAAUGAGGUAGAGAUUCAUGACUUCCAAGAGUAUAAAGGGGACAACAGUGACCCAGAUCCAGAAGGCCCCCUGGAAGCAGCGGACAGCCAGCCACUGCGCUCCAGCUCCAGCACGACGGCUAGUUCCAGCCCCAGUACAGUCAUACAGGGAGUCAACCAUGAACAGAAGGAACCUGCUGAAGUGGAGACGGCAGCAGGCAUAACCCUCCCUAACUCUGUCCCAGGAUUGGGAGCUCCACCUUUUACAAGACCCACCCCUGAUCCGGUCCCUGUUGACCCAUCCAAUAAAAGGCGAGACUAUGAUAACCCCUAUUUUGAGCCCCAGUAUGGCUUCCCUUCAGAGGAGGAUACUGAAGUAGAUGAGCAGGAGGAGAGUUACACACCGCGAUUCAACCAGAAUCUCAAUGGCAACAAACCGUCUCGUCCAUUGAGACCCAGCAGCCUGAAGCUACCGGGUGAAUCUGAUGGAGAGGGGGACUCCAGAAAUAGCUCUCCGAACUCCACCAUCUCCAACAACAGCAACGAUGGCUUCGGGGGACUCAUGUCCUUUGCCAGUAACCUGUAUAAAAACCAUGGCACCAGUUUCAGUCUGUCCAGUCUGGCUCUGCCUAAUAAAGCUCGAGAGAAGAACACGCCAUUCCCCAGCCUCAAAGGUGCUCGAGCCCCCAGAGCUCUGGUAGAUCAGAAACCCUCUGUUAUCAAGCACAGUCCCACCGUCAAAAGAGAGUCUCCAUCUCCUCAGGGCAGAUCCAACAACACCAGUGAGAACCAGCAGUUUCUCAAGGAGGUGGUCCAGAGCGUGCACGAUGGGCAGGGGGUGGGCUGGCUCAACAUGAAGAAAGUACGGCGCCUGCUGGAGAACGAACAGCUCAGAGUCUUUGUGCUCAGCAAACUCAACCGGUCGGUCCAAUCAGAAGAGGAUGCUCAGCAGGAAGUCAUAAGAGAUGUGGAGAUAAACAGGAAGGUGUACAAAGGCAUGUUGGACCUAUUGAAGUGCACAGUGUCCAGUUUGGAGCACUCAUACACUAAUGCUGGCCUGGGAGGCAUGGCCAGUGUCUUCAGUCUGCUAGAGAUAGCACGCACCCACUACCAAACCAAAGACCCAGAGAAGCGGAAACGGAGCCCCACGGAGGGGGUUAGCAGCCCGGGCAGUAAGGAGAGCCCAUCGGGUCGAAUGGAGAACGCCAGGGCAGCUGGUGUGCUCCUGGUACCCCGUAUCCAAUUGCCACCACCCUCCUCUGGAAAAUCUUCACAGCAUUUUGAUACCCGGAGUCUGAACGAGGAGAAUUUUAUUGCUUCCAUUGAAUUGUGGAGCAAGCACCAGGAUAACAGAAAGCAAAAAGCUUUGGAAAAAGAACAGAGGGCUGAUGGAGCAAAACAGCGUCUGGAAGGUGGAGACACUGAGGAAAAGAAAUCACAGAUCAGUGCUGACAGUGGCCUCAGUGUAACGUCUGGCUCACAGAAGAGUGAUACAGAGUCCGUGGCAAGCUCCGAGCCUCCUGCUCUGACGAGAAGCACCAGCCAGGACUCUGAGGCCAGCACAGUGGUGAGUAACAGCUCAGGUGAGACGCUGGGUGCGGACAGUGACCUGAGCAGCACUGCUGGAGACGGCCUGACAGGAAGACAUGCUCAACAUCUCAACCUGUCCCGGGGCACACUGUCUGACAGCGAGAUUGAGACCAACCCUGCGACCAGCUCUGUGUUUGGCAAGACUCAUAAGCUGAAGCCAGGAGUGAAGGAGCCUCUUGGUGUUAAUAAGGGAGCACCAGCUCCGCCCCUCGAGGAUGUUAGCAUGAGGAUCUAUCUGUGUGAGGGGCUGCUGGGGCGAGAUAAAAGCUCAGUUUGGGACCAACUGGAGGAUGCCGCCAUGGAGACCUUUUCUCUGAGUAAGGAGCGUUCUACUCUGUGGGAUCAGAUGCAGUUCUGGGAGGAUGCCUUCCUGGACGCCGUUAUGUUGGAAAGGGAAGGAAUGGGGAUGGAUCAGGGACCACAAGAAAUGAUUGACAGGUAUCUGUCUCUGGCAGAGCAUGACCGCAAGAGACUGGAGGACGACGAGGACAGACUACUGGCCACUCUUCUGCAUAACAUGAUCGCUUACAUGCUUAUGAUAAAGGUCAAUAAAAAUGACAUCAGGAAAAAGGUACGGCGUCUUAUGGGGAAAUCUCACAUUGGCCUCACACACAGUCAAGAGGUCAAUGAAGUCCUGGACCGCCUCGCACAUUUGAGUGGCCGGGAGCUUCCCAUCAGGCCAAGUGGCAGCCGGCACAUUAAGAAGCAGACAUUCGUCGUGCAUGCUGGGACUGAUACAACUGGUGAUAUAUUUUUCAUGGAGGUGUGUGACGACUGCAUCGUAUUGCGCAGUAACAUCGGCACAGUCUAUGAGCGCUGGUGGUAUGAGAAGCUCAUAAAUAUGACCUACUGUCCCAAGACCAAAGUGUUGUGUCUGUGGAGGAGAAACGGUCAAGAAACACAGCUUAACAAGUUCUACACCAAGAAGUGUCGGGAACUGUACUACUGUGUUAAAGACAGCAUGGAGCGUGCUGCCGCACGACAACAAAGCAUCAAACCAGGUCCAGAGCUGGGAGGCGAGUUUCCAGUACAGGACAUGAAGACAGGGGAGGGUGGUCUCCUUCAGGUCACGCUGGAAGGCAUCAACCUCAAAUUUAUGCACAGCCAGGUUUUCAUAGAGCUGAGUCACAUUAAAAAGUGCAAUACAGUGAAAGGAGUCUUUGUCCUGGAGGAGUUUGUUCCUGAAACUAAAGAAGUGGUGAUCCAUAAGUACAAGACUCCUAUGGCACACCAGAUCUGUUACUCGGUGCUCUGCCUCUUCUCCUACAUGGCGGCGGUCAAGGGGAAAGAGUCAGAGGGCAAGCCCAAGAUGCUGUCCCCUCGUCCACUACUGAGCUAGCACACUUCUCUCCUAUGUUCACUUCAACCCCUCAGCUCCUGACCUCCCUGAAAUACUACUCCUGUUCAAUACAAGCUGACACUCCUGCCAAGCUCCUUUUAAAGACCCCUGCUCCUCUACCCAUUCAAAUGUAGAUGCAUUCACAUAUUCUACACAUUCAUCCUAAAAGAAACAACCUGUUCAUAUAAUGUAUCUGAUAUAAUAUGCCAGUCCUUGGACACUAAAAUGCUGGCAUUUCAUUCUCAUAAUAUGGACCAACCAGAAGAAGAACAGACUUUGACUACUAUUGGUUGACGUCCUCACAUUUGUAGACUUUUAUUUAUUUCAAUAAGAGGCAUUUGGUUGCAUGCAGAUCCCAUGCGCAGCUCUUUGCGAGUUGGCACUGGCAUGCAGACAUCAGGCAAACGACUUUCCCCUCUUCAACCCCCUCUGAUAUCAGUCAACAGGCUGUGUAUUUAAUAUCCAUGUGCAAAGUUGUACUGUUAAUUCCAGUCUGUUCUGUCUGUGGUGGGUGAAAUGUUCAAGUCUUUGCAAUCUAGCGCUGCCACGUAUGAGGGGUUUGCCUUGACCGUCCGCGACGGAGCAGCUGUCCCAUUCGUAAAUGUUUCAUUCGCCCUCCUCUUCCUGCUGUAAGUGGUCUAAGGUCUGUGCAUCUCUUUAGCUCAAAAAGCUCAAACUACUGUACUAGUUCUGCUGUAAAGUUCCCUGUCUGUGAACUGCUGUGUUAAAUUUGCAUGUCACUUGAAAAAAAAAAAAAAGAUUAUUUAAAAAAAGAAUUGUUCAUUUCUGAAGCAAUGCUGGAAACGCAACUAAAAUGUUAAGGAAAUACUGUAGUUUGUUUUCUAGAUGUGCAAUACUAUCACUAGUGGGUACCAAGUCAUGUCCUCCUGUGUUCAUAAUGAGGAGAUCAGAGACCUGAUCAGGCAUCAUGUUUUCUGUUCAUUUGUUGUCCUUAUUUUGACACCGCAAUGAAAAAAAAGGCAUUAUUAAUCUAUAAGAUAGCUGCAUUUGGAGAUUGUUUAAAUAGUGAUGGAAAAGUCUUGUCCAAAAUGUCCUGUGUGUGUGUGUCUGUGGGAUUGUGUGUGUUUGUGUUAGAAACACAGAUGGCAAGAGAUUGUGUCUGUUCAUAGAGGUGCAGAUUUUCUCGUUUCAUCUCUUUUUGACUACUAGAUUUGGCAGCACAGCUGUCACGUUUACAUGUUUUAAUGUUUUUUUAUGUUUUGCUCACAUUUUUAAUCAUUGACAUGUAUUAAGUGUUGUUUCGCAUCUCCAUUAAAUUGAGUUGUUGAAUGCAGACUGUAAAUGGACUUGAGCCCACUCAAUAUUGGUUUCGAGAUGUAUAUAGCACAAAACUGAUUUCCCAGAGUCUCCCAAAAAACGGGUGUUUUGAGUUGGACAGUGGAUCAGGUCUGUUGUUUGAAAGUGGGAGAGAGAUACAGUUGCACAUUAUUUGGGCUUUCAUUUUAGUCUGUAUUGUUUAGAACAAGAGAGAAAGGAAAAACAAUAGAGACAUGGAUGUAAAUAUUUCAGCAUUUAAAAAUAUUUAUAGAACCUGUACAGCUUUGGCAAUAUGAAAAUAAAAGAUGUCAAACCCGA